UUUUUGGAUGCUGACAUGGAAUUCUGAAUUCCACCCGAACUCCGAAUCUUUCGCCUCUCUCUCUCUCUCUCUCUCCUCCUUCUCUCUCCUCUCGAUUUUGCCCCUGCGUCCCCUCGCUCCCCUAAAAGAUACUGUAUCAAUUAGACGAAGUAGAUAUAACUUUCUGGGGGUUAAUGUCAUCGUCUCUUCCUGUACUUCCUAUCACCUCGGGUGAGAACUAUCCUAAACUACCAGAUUCGCAACAAGUUUCAAUGGAGAGGGAAUUGAGGAGCAAUCCUGUCAAUCCCCAUAAAACAACGUUUGUCCCCAGUAAUGGAGCUGUUGGUCCUUUAUUUUCAUCAGCUCCAGGCCUCACUUCAGAUCUCCAAUAUUCUACUAUCUCGCCCAAUGUCAAGCAACCUAUUAAUGCUUCUUUUAUUCCUCAAUCUCAGAGUAGUUGCACAUUUCAAUCUUCAUUGUCUAACCACAGUAGAGAAUCCAAUGAAAUCAACUGGUGUCAGGAUACACUACAGGGUAUGCUUGAUUACUCUGAAGAGGUUACUGUGGAGAACAAUCAAAUCCAGAGCAGUACGAUUAUGCCUUCUGAUAACCUCAAUCAGCAAAAUGACUGGUGGUCGGACUUAGUGAAUGAAGACUGGAAGGAUAUUCUCAACGAAACAAGUGGUAGUGAACAUCAACCCAAGGUUGUGUAUUCAGCAGCACCAGUAUCUUCAAAUGUUUCAGUGCCCCAAUCUCAAAGCCAUCAGAUGGUUCCCUCUCAGUCCGGAGAGCUAGGGGCUGUCAACAGUCCUUCGACGUCUGCUGGUGGAGCUCCUGCCAGGGCCCGCAUGAGGUGGACCCCGGAACUCCAUGAACUCUUUGUUGAAGCUGUCAAUCAGCUUGGUGGAAGUGAGAAGGCUACUCCUAAAGGUGUGCUGAAAAUAAUGAAAGUAGACGGAUUAACCAUAUACCAUGUCAAAAGCCACUUACAGAAAUAUAGAACAGCUCGGUACAGACCAGAUUCAUCUGAAGGGACAUCGGAAAAGAAAAGCAAUCCUCUUGAUGAAAUGUCAUCUCUAGACCUCAAGACGGGUAUUGAGAUCACUGAAGCAUUAAGACUCCAGAUGGAAGUUCAGAAACGGCUUCACGAACAACUUGAGAUUCAAAGAAAGCUACAGUUGAGAAUUGAAGAGCAAGGGAGGUACCUUCAAAUGAUGUUCGAAAAGCAAUGCAAAUCAAACUCCGACAAGCUCACACCAUCCUCAAGUGAUCCAGACAAUCCAAAUCCCCAACCUUCAGCCUUAACCCUAGCUGACAACGGAGCCAAAGAAAAGGAUCAGGAGAUAUCCGAAGGCUUGGGGGAAGCUGAUACUGUUUCUGGAUCGCAAUCUCAAUCCCCAUCACGCAAGCGAUCGAGAGCAGAAGAGACUACAUCAGCAUCAUCGGCAUGAAGCUAGUACUAAACUCAAAAAAAAAAAAAAACUAUAUCAUCAUACACCGAUGCAAAUGUGGCAAGUUUUAGUGAAGUAUUGGAAGGAGAUAACCUGCAUUUGUCACGGGCAGUGAUCGUAUAGUCUUGUACCGUAAAUAAACCCAUCGUUAUGUACUUCUAGAUACGCGACGCUCAAGGUUUUGUCGAGGAUCUUUUCUCCCCCUUAUGAUAGAUUGGACCUAUGCCUCAAA